AUGCCGCGCGAAAAGUAUGCCAGACAGUCGCUUGGAGCGGCGCAUCGGCUCGUUAAAGAGUCGCGUGUUCUCCUCGUUGGCGCAGGCGGCAUUGGCUGUGAACUACUAAAGAACCUCGUCUUGACCGGCUUCGGUGAAAUCCACAUUAUCGAUCUUGAUACUAUAGACCUCAGUAACUUGAACCGCCAGUUCCUGUUCCGGCAAGAACAUAUCAAGAAGCCAAAAGCUCUUGUUGCCAAAGAGGUGGCUAAGAAAUUCAACCCCAAUGUCAAGUUGGUCGCCUACCAUGCCAACAUCAAAGACAAACAGUUCAAUCUGGAAUGGUUCUCCGGAUUCAACCUUGUGUUCAAUGCGCUCGACAAUAUGGAUGCCCGGCGGCAUGUCAACAAGAUGUGUUUGGCUGUCGACAUUCCUCUGAUUGAAUCUGGCACGACAGGGUUCAAAGGACAAGUGCAGGUGAUCAAGAAAGGAAAGACGGCAUGCUAUGAUUGUACGCCGAAGACCACGCCGAUUUCCUACCCUGUUUGUACGAUCCGAAGCACCCCAAGCCAACCUAUCCAUUGCAUCGUUUGGGCAAAGAGUUACCUCCUUCCCGAAUUGUUCGGUGUGAGCGAAGAUGAGGCCGCAGAAGUAGAUCAGACUGAAGACUCGGAUAAUGCUGCUGAAAUUGAAAAGCUUAGACAAGAAGCGCAGGCACUCAAGAAGAUCAGAGAAUCGAUGGGUUCGGAUAACUUUGCGAAAGACGUGUUUGACAAAGUUUUCAAAGAGGAUAUCAAACGCCUAGCGAACAUGGAGGAUAUGUGGAAGGAGAAGACCCCUCCUAAACCCUUGUCUUAUGAAGCUUUGGAACAGGAAGCUGCGUCCCUUGACGCGUCAGUCUUGAAGAAGGCUCAGCAAACCUGGUCAACGGCAGAGAACUUUAUCGUCUUCAAAGACUCCUUAGCACGACUAUCAUCGAGACAGGCAGAGGAACAGACCAAGGCCGCAAAAGAAGGAGGUCCACCCCCUCUCAUCUCUUUUGACAAAGACGACGAUGAUACGAUGGAUUUCGUCGCUGCAGCUGGAAACCUCCGUUCCAUUAUUUUCGGUAUUGAGCCCAAGUCGAAGUUCGACAUCAAGCAGAUGGCUGGCAACAUUAUCCCUGCCAUUGCCACUACAAAUGCCAUGGUCGCUGGGCUAUGUGUCAUGCAAGCUUUCAAGGUGCUUAGAGGAGACUAUGCCAAAGCGAAAUGGCUCUGGCUGUGGAAUGGCGCUCUAAGAACUGAUAAACUGGAAGAUCCAAAUCCAGAGUGCCCCGUCUGCAGUGUCGCUAUGGCAAGAAUACACGUCGAUCUCGAGAAAGCAACGCUUAAAGACCUGGUCGAAGACAUUCUACGCGCGAAGCUCGGCUACGGAGAGGAAAUCACCGUGAUGAGCGACGCCGGUGUGGUCUAUGAUCCUGAUUUGGAAGACAACCUCGAAAAGAAACUUUCAGAGCUCAAUAUUUCGGAUGCCAGCUUUAUUCUCGUCAAGGAUGAAGAGGACGACGAUCCGCGGGUUGAUUUGCAACUAGCCAUCGAGGCGAAGAAGCUGACGGACGAGGCCAAGAUUGUCGAGUUGGUUGAGAGAGAAGGUCACACUAUCACGAUACCGCGGAAACCUAGGAAAUCGCCUGUGGAGGAUGGUGACAAAGCGACUGGAGAUGACGCAGACGACUUGAUUGUCUCGAAUGACAAGCCUGUUCCAGUGUCAAAUGGCAAACGAAAACGACCAUUGGACGGUGACGAGGAAGACGAUCCAACGCCGGCCAAGAAGUUGUUGCAGGGUCCUACUAAUGCAGAGGUUGCUAAAUCAUCGAGCAUGCACGCCAUUGUCCUCGAUGAAGACGAUGGAACGAUUCUGAUUGCAGACGACGAUUAA